CAAUUUUUCUAGAAAUUAAAAUAACAUGUAAUAACAAUGUGUUUUUAAGUAAGAGGCUCGCAAACUUUACUUGGAUGCAGAAGGAAAUGUAGAUUUUGCAAAAAUCUAAGCAAGAUGGGAUGAAUUGAAAUCUGUAAAAGUGAGUUUGGGCAACAAGUAUUUCACUCCAGAAGUGGUUGAAAAAGCAAGGACUCUUCCAUAAUAAGAUCAAUAACGAUUCUUGGAUUUAAUGCUUGCUGGAUUGACAAAUGAUGACAGCUCUGUCGGCAUUUGCGCUACUAGACCAGAGGAUUACGAUUUUUAUGCAUUCUACUUGGAAUAAUUAAUUAGAGACUAUCACCAAAUAUAAGGAGACACUAAACAAUUACAUGAUUGGAAUAUUCCAAUUGAUGAAUAUGUUUUGACUAAAAUCAAUCCAACUUUAGAAAAAGUGUCAAUGAGAGCCAGAGUAGCAAGAAAUGUUAAAGGAUGGAAUCUUCCUCCUUCGAUGGAUAAAGAAGAAAGGAUAAAAUUUGAAAGUAAGAUGGUAGAGGUGUUUGAUUCAUUUGGAAUUCCAGGAAAAUAUUAUAGUUUGACUCCUGGUCAUAAAAAUUAAAUAAGUGAUAAAGAAGCAGAUGAGUUGAGACAUAAACAUUUCUUAUUCAAUGACAUGACAACAGACAAUUAUUUAACUGCUUCUGGAGUCGCUUCUGAUUGGCCUUAUGGCAGAGGAAUUUGGCUGAGUGAAGAUUAAACAAAAAUGAUUUGGGUGGGAGAAGAAGAUUUAUUAAGAAUAAUUUCUAUUGUAUAAGGUAAUGAUUUAGGAAUGGUUGAUAAAUCAUUGCAUGAUUUGUUAACAGGAAUUGAAAAAAGUGGAUUAUAAUUUGCAGAACAUCCAGUGUAUGGUGUAAUAACAACAUGUCCAACAAAUAUGGGAACAGGCAAGAGACAAUCAAUUCUUGGAAAAUUCCCAAAUAUUACCAAGUAAGGAACUGAUGAAAAAAAAUUGAAAGAAAUUGCCAAAUAAUUUGGACUAUAAGCAAGAGGAUGUGGAGGAGAACAUUCCUCAAUGGACAAGGAAGGAACAGCUGAUAUUUCUCCAUCUGCUAGAUUUGGAGUCACAGAAGCUAGUGUUACCAAGAGACUCUACGAGGGCUUGAUUAAAUUAUAUGAGAUUGAAGUAUAAGCAGGAAAAGAAUGAU